AUGACACGGCUAGCAUCGCUCGCCACCGCCCUCAGUCUCACCUGCGCCUUCUUCGCCUCCCCCGCCGCCGCGCAGUCCUCUUCCGCUUCCUCCUCCUCCACCCCGUCAUCCUCGUCUCUCGCCGGUUCGUCGACCUCGAGCGCAUCGGCAGCUGCAGCAACAGCAUCAGGAGCAGCUAAUGCGACGAGCGUCGUGACCGUCGAGGGACUGGUACCGGCGUUCGCGACCGGAUCGUCGUCUUCGAUGAACUCGACGAUCCAAACCGGAUGGAGCACGGAUGAUGCACGAGGGACGAUGAAGGAAGGGUUGACUUUGCUGCAGAACUCGACGGGAACGGCGGAGAAUCGGACCGUUUAUGGCGUGCUUCUCUACUUCAACGAGACCACCGCGAACCAGAACUUCACCUCGACCCAGAUCCCUUGGAUCGCCUACAUCUCCUGCGACGACGCCAUGCAGAAUUACACGAUGCCUGCGAACAGCUCGAUUCCGGCGGCGACGAACGGAACGGUCUCUGCGGGCGGCAACUCGACGCAGACGGUAAGCGUGCUGCAGCAGGCGGAGCAGCUAGGCGCGAAGGGUAUUGUGCUCUACUCGACUCGCGAGCAGUCCUGCAUGCUCAACUACACGAUGCUCGCUGGCAGUAUGAACGCAACCAACGCAACUCUCACCAACUCGACCAUGGCCAACUCUACGAUGGCCAACUCGACGAUGGCAGCGGGCGGAAACUUGAACGGCUCGAUCCCGAUCUUUUCGGCUACCUCGCAGCGAGUCGCUCAGAUCAUCAUCAGCCAGUUCUCCAACGUCGACCCGAAUCAUCGCUACUUCAACUCGAGCGCCCUCUCUGCCGCAACCGCGAAUCUGACCGCCGUGAUCCCGACGAACGGCUCAGUCAACCUCAAUGUCCCUACCAACUUUGUGCUCGCCCAGAUUGUCCCCUCGUACUCGGCCAACGACUCGUCGAACGGCGUCGUCGCGACUUUGAGCCGAGCCCAACCGGCGCCUACGGACUCGACCACGUCUCGAAGCGCGAGUGGCAGCGCGCCGUCGCAGUCUGCGAGUGGAGGGCCGAGUAGCGGAGUUGCGAAGCGUGAUGGCGGGCGGAGCAAGGUCUCGCUUGCCGCAACUGGCUUCCUUGUCGGCGGAUUGUUGGGAGGCGUGGGACUGCUACUCUAG